GUUUAGCUUCGACCCCAGCCUGUUCUCCGCAGCCUCAGUUUCAUUAUUUCACCUGAAUCAGAGAGACCUGCUAAGGCUUUUUCUUUUGGGACAGAGAGAGGACGGAAAAUUUAGUGUUUCAGGGAACGGGAGAAAACAGAAGGUGUAACCUCCAUUGAGAUAGAGGCCCUAGGGUGGACCUACACGUACACACACAGACACGUGCACACAACACACUUGUAGACACAGACCUUCACACACCCUCUUUCAGGGCAUGCACACACUUGCAGACAGGCAAGGCUAAAACAGGGCGCAGCCAAGAGUAAGGAAAUGGUAAGGCAUACCAGGAUCUGUGGAAUACUAGUGUCUGCCGGUGAGAGAAGAAGGAGGAUUUCUGUUUCUGCCGGGAUCUCCUCAGCCAGCAAGCCACCACAGUUUGUGCAUGUAUCCAGUCUCUCAGACUGACUGUGUCGGCACCGUGGACUGCUGGCGAGGAGUGUGAUGUUUUCUCCACAGCAUGGUGCAGAGGGAUAUGACCAUCCAAACAGUUCUUCAGCUCAAGCUUCAGCAGAGGAGGACGCGUGAGGAGCUGGUCAGCCAGGGGAUCAUGCCACCACUGAAGAGUCCGGCAGCCUUUCAUGAGCAGAGGAGGAGUCUGGAGAGAGCGAGGACUGAGGACUACCUGAAGAGGAAGAUCCGGAGCCGCCCCGAGCGCUCGGAGCUGGUGAGGAUGCAUAUCCUGGAGGAGACCUCAGCCGAGCCCUCCCUGCAGGCGAAGCAGCUCCAGCUGAAGAGGGCGCGGCUGGCUGAUGACCUCAAUGACAAAAUUUCCCACCGACCCGGACCCAUCGAGUUAGUCCACAAGAACAUCCUGCCUGUCAGUUGUCCUCUGCAGCAGUCACUGCUGGAUUCUCCAAAAGGGGCGGGAGGAGAGAGCUCCUCGUUGGACGAAGACAGCAGUGAUGCCCUGUCACCGGAGCAGCUCAUCAAUCACGACUCUCCGCUGGGUCCCGCCUCUCAGCUGUCCCCCGCCUCUCAGCUGUCCCCCUCUGACAUGUUGACGUCAAAUGGAGACAUGUCUCCCAAACUGUUCCUCAGCCGGCCCCCUCCUCCGCCUCCUCCCCCUAAUCCACCACAAAUGAAUGGCUUGGACUUGUCCCCACCUCAAAAGCUGACCAACGGGAUGGCGACCCCGGCCAGUGUCCGCUCCGCCAGCGGACAGGCUAAGUCUCAGGCCAAGUCCAGCUCAGAACGGCCUCCACAGAGACCUAAGAAACCAAAGGACAACAAGCCCAAGGUGAAGAAGCUGAAGUACCACCAGUACAUCCCUCCAGACCAGAAGGCAGACAAGGAGCCCCCUCCACAGCUGGACUCCUCCUACGCCAAGAUCCUCCAGCAGCAGCAGCUCUUCCUCCAGCUUCAGAUCCUAAACCAGCAGCAGCAGCACUACAACUACCACACCAUCCUGCCUGCCCCUCCCAAACCACCAGCAGAGCAGCCCCCCUCGACCAAACCUGGCCCUUCCCCCUCCCGCAGCGUUUCGACAACGACCACGGCCUCCUCCAGUCAGAACGGGGCCAGCCGUCAGAGCCAAACCCCAGUGGGUGGAGCCAAGCCAGGCACUCUGCCUGCCAACCUGGAUGAGUUCAAAGUUGCAGAGCUGAAACAGGAGCUGAAGCUGCGGGGUCUAACUGUGUCUGGUACCAAGAAUGACCUCCUUGAGAGGCUCCGCAACUACCAGGAACAAAAUGGCAGCGCCAACGCGGCUGUCUUGAAAAAUAGCCAAUCGCAGCCUGCCCAGCAGAGCACCGCUCCGACUGCUAGCACCACUGCCUCCGCUGUGACCACGGCUGCCUCUCUUCACCACCAAUCAGGAGAGAGUGCAACUAAAGUGGCUUUGAUUUCAUUGGGUCAGACUACUGUUCCAGGGCGGGUCAUGCGUUUUGGCAGCACUAGCUCCAGCCCUCCGGUGUCUCCUACCCCAUCCGAGCGCUCGUUGGCUGGGAUGAGUCCAGAUGAGACCAGCUGUAGUGGAGACAUGUUUGGGGAGAUGGUAAGCUCUCCUCUGACCCAGCUCACCCUCCACCCCUCCCCCCAACACCCAUCCAAUAUUCCGCCACUCCCCCAGGUCAAAGAGGAGAACCAAGGGCAGCUGCAAAGCUCAUGCAGCCUCUCCAGGCUGUCGCCCACCUCCAGCCAACUGCCUAGCCUGACUCUUGAGCCCUCAGCCAGCGUAGCCAUGGACACCUCCUCGCUGGACAAGGACCAGAUGCUCCAGGAGAAGGACAAGCAGAUUGAGGAGCUGACCCGGAUGUUGUGGCAGAAGCAGAGACAGGUAGAGACCCUCAGGUCCCAGCUGGAGCAGGGGAAGCUGGCAGGAGGAGGUGUGAUGGAGAAGGAGGGUCGAGAGAGGAGCGGAACCACAGUCGCUGAGGUCAAACCUCAGACUCUGAUCAAGGCCUCGGCCAUCCAACCGCCAGUGCUCCCUAACGGAAUGCUAGUGAGGAUCAAGAAGGAGGCAGACCCAGAGGAAGGGAUGGAGGGAGUGACAGACGAGGGCCAGGCCAAGAAACCUGCCCAGCCAUCGCAGUGCUCCCAAGAGACCCUGCACAAACUGCAACAAAUCCAUCGGCUCCAAGUCCAGCACGUAGAACAGCAGAAGCAGCAACUUGGACGACAGCAGCAGCAGCAGGUCCAGGGGCAGCAGCAGAAAGUGUUGCAGGUCAAACAGCAGCCUCAGAAACAACCACAGAAGAAGAUGGAGGCCCACGCCCUGCUCCAGCAGCAGCAGUUGCAGCAGCUGAUCAUCCAGCAGACGCAGCAGAAGCAGCUGCAGGCCCAGCAGAGGCUCGCCCAGCAGAAGGUGGCCCAGCAAAACCAGCUGAAUCAAACCCCAGGCCAGACCCAGGCACAGAACCAGCAGAGGAAGCAGAUCCAGGUUCAGAACCAAGCCCAGACAGUGGUCCAAUCCCAGAAGCCUACAGUGAGUCAAGCUCAGCAAAAGAAGCAACAAAGGACACAGCCUCAAAAACUGCAGCAGACGACGGUCACGGCACAGCAGGUGGCCCCAGUUUUUGUCAACCAACAGAACGGCACUCAUCUCUCAGCCCAAACCAUUUCACUGGACCUUUUCAAGGCUAACGGCACACCCACCCUGGUUACUGAUGGCAAUGGCAACCACUACCUGAUCGCACUGACCAAUCACACCACAGAGGGGCAGAACGGAGUGUGUCCAUUGAGUAAAACCAACGGACGAAUCACGCUGCAGAGGCUGCAGUCGACUCCAGUCAAACUCCCCAGCCAAUCAGCAAACAACACCCAUAGCACUGACAGCCAAGCAAAGGAGCACUUGCAGCCUGAGCCUGUGAGCCAGCCAAUCAAAAAGAGUCAAAAGGGUGGUCUGAACUUGGACACCAAGGGCGUGCCAGAACCCAGCCUGCCAGUCUCAGCCCCACCCAAUCUGCAGCCUUUCUUUGAUGACGUAUCAGAUUCCGAAAGCCCAAGUGCCAUAAUUUCAUCUCUGAAGGAGAACGGCUUGAGCAGCCAGCAGAUGGAUGAUCUGUUCGACAUCCUCCUCAGGAGCGGAGAAAUCUCCGGCUUCAAGGCCAACCCAGAUCCUUCCCUCGCUCACCUCCACUCAGACCCGCCCUCUCCGUCCUCGCCCCCAUCCCCGCUCCACCUCUCCCCUCCCACCCCUCCGGAGCCGGCACCCCUUAUCUCCUCCCAUCCCCCAGCGGGAGAGCCCUGUGCAGAGAGUGGCCGCUUGGAGGACUUCCUGGAGAGCACCACAGGCGCGCCCCUGCUGUGGGUGGAAGCGGACGGGGCUCCGACGCUCAUCGACGAACUCCACAGCCAGAUGCUGAGCACAUCCAGCAUCCUGGACCACCCGCCCUCCCCCAUGGACACCUCCGACCUGGGCUUCUCCCCCCAUCCAGCGGGGCUCGAUUUUGGGGACCCCACCCUGGACAGCAUGGACUGGCUGGACAUCUCCAUGGCGGGGAGCACCGUGGAGGGACACCGGGGUGCGGGGCAUGGGGUUGGAGGAGGAGGGAGCAGGGAACGGGGAGGAGGCAUUGUGGGAGAUGGGGGAACCAGCCUCACCCCUCUGGUCCCCCACACCCCGCCCAGUGUCUUUUCAGCAGACUUUCUGGACAGCACGGACCUGCAGCUUCACUGGGAGUCCUGUUUGUAGCCUUCGACUGCAGGUGUACAGCGGCGGGCGCACAGUUUGCACCCCCCUUGCUCACUGGCUUGGUCACUCGCUCACACUGUGUACAGGCUCAGUCUUUAUCUCACGAGCAGAUAGUCUCUCUCUCUCUCUCUCUGUCUGUACCACUGCAGGGUCACUGGCACACACACAUGCACACCCUCUGCCAGCGAACUGUUACCGUAGGGAGGAAGUCCUGGAAGAAUGUACAAACUGAAUUUGCUGAGUAGACAAGGCCUCUGAACACAGGGCAACCCACACGAGUUGUCAGCCAUCUUUGAGUUUUUAUUCUGUGCGGUGGAAAUGUGCAGUGCCCAUUGCCAAGUUCAUCAGCUGAUCAGAAUCACUGCUUCUCUCCCGACCUGAGUCGGCUGGAAGGUAACGAGGCGAACUGGAUCCGCUCGAGAGCUCCGGAGGAAAAACUCCACUCCGGACCUGUUUGAUGGAAGGUUUGAGAAGGGGACAUAUUCCCGUUGCGGUGAACGAAACUAAACACGGGCAGCCCAGUGUUUGCGUGUUUGUUUUUGUGUGUGUCAGUGCCUCCAACUUUGCACUUAUGCUGAAUACGAUUGGUUGAAGCGGCGGCGUUGUAGUUGGCAGCUCAGGUCAACAGCCGAGCGCUACACUAUUUGGACAAGGGGUUUGAUACGAGUCAAGCUCAUCUUGUCUCCGGUCAGUCGGCUGUAGCGGCCCCGGUUCGCUGUGACCUGGCGGCGUGAAAAGGCAGCUGCUAGCGACUGCAUCCGACCUGACUGUGGCAUCCACAGGCGAGGGUGAACCCGCCCAGUCUUGUAAAAAAAAAAAAGAAAAAGAAAAAAAAGUGUCAUUGGUUGAAAGUUGCUGAGAAACAUGAGCCUCAUUGGUGGAAACCAUUUGAUGAAAUGAAGCCUCGCAGGGGGCGGGAUGUGAGUGGAGCUGUUCUGGUAGACCACUAUGCAUUGCUGUAUAUUGGAUGUAUAUUAUCAAUUGUCCAUAUGACUAUUUUUUUUUCCUUUCCUGGUUGCUUAGAGUCGAGCUAGCCAUCUGGGGUAAACAAGGGUGAGGGCUGGGCUUCCAAACGACUUGGACCUUGUUGGGUUGGUUUUUUUUUUAAGGAGAAAAUGUUAGAAAAAUAAAUAUGCAAUAGA